UAACGCAUUUCGUUGCCAGAAUGUGUCACUGGUAUGCUUGGAAAUGGAGCUGGAGAAGGCUGUUCUGUUUUGUUUGAAGAGCAGGUCCCAGGGAUCUCACGCACUCUAUUACGCGGUGUGACAUAAAUGCUUCGCUCCUCACCAAGUUUGCUGGAGCUGCUGGAGGUGCUCUUCCAGUGAAGAGCUGCAGACGCCCAGCCCCGCCGAGCGAGCGGGCUGGUUAGGGACAGUUCCACCGCCGAGCACAGCGACCAGUGUUGUUCCGGCAGAAGGAUUUCUGAUUUGCACUGGGGAGGAAAAGACAUUUACUGCAGUUAUGGAUUUCACCGAUAGUUUGAAUGACACCGAGAACAACACUUCAUUCGUCACACAGAAUAUGUCAAAUCCAGAUGCAAUUAAAUAUGUCGCUUACAGCAGUGUGUUCAUGCCCACGGUAUUUGGCAUCAUCUGCCUGCUGGGCACUGCAGGCAACAUCGUCGUGAUCGUCACGGUCUUUAAGAAGUCCAAGUUCCGGUGCCGGAGCAGCGUGCCGGACAUCUUCAUCGUCAACCUGUCGGUGGUGGACCUGCUCUUCCUGCUGGGCAUGCCGCUGCUCAUCCACCAGCUGCUGGGCAACGGAGUGUGGCGCUUCGGCGAGUCCCUGUGCACCAUCAUCACCGCGCUGGACUCCAACAGCCAGUUCACCAGCACCUACAUCCUGACCGCCAUGACGCUGGACCGCUACCUGGCCACCGUCUACCCGCUGGCCUCCGCCCGUUUCCGCACCCCGGCCGUGGCCGUGCGGGUCAUCUGCCUGGUGUGGCUCCUGUCCUUCCUGAGCAUCACCCCCGUGUGGAUGUACGCCCGGCUCAUCCCCUUGCCGGGGGGCGUGCUGGGCUGCGGCAUCCGCCUGCCGCGGCCGGAGACGGACAUCUACUGGUACACCCUGUACCAGUUCUUCCUGGCCUUCGCCGUGCCCUUCGCCAUCAUCUCCGUGGCCUACCGGAGGAUCCUGCUGCGGAUGUCAUCCUCGGAGGCGCUGACCACCCAGAGGAGCGCCAGGCGGAAGACCAAGAGAGUCACCCGGAUCGCCAUAACCAUCUGCCUGGUCUUCUUCUGCUGCUGGGCGCCCUUCUACGUGCUGCAGCUCGUCCAGCUGGCCCUGGAGCAGCCCACCCUCCCCUUCUACUACGCCUACCGGUUCGUCAUCAGCCUGGGCUACGCCAACAGCUGCCUCAACCCCUUCAUCUACAUCGUGCUGUGCGAGUCCUUCAGGAGGAGGCUGAUCGUGUCCGUCCGGCCCGUGGACGAGGAGCCGCGGAGCCCGGCCAGAGGCCGGAGGCAGCACUCCUCGGGCAACCACCCGCAGCUGCUGCACCUGGUGUCGGUGACCGGGCGGUAGCCGCAGCUCUGCCGGAGGAACCGAGAGCUCUGGAGGGUCGGCCAGGGCACUCUCAGCCUGGGGGGAAGAUGAACUCACGCCUAAGCAGACACCUGAUUAUGCAAAGUCCGAGAGCAUCGCUGCACGUUUUCGUUUUGGACGCCAACCAUUGCUGGUGCAUUGCUUUGAAAGCAUCUUAUACUGUCUAAUGUAUUUUCCUCUGUUAUAUUCUUCUCACUGCAAGGUUUUUCCAAUCUUUAUGCCGCUACAGUUUUACAGCAGUCUAACCAUCUAUCCAUUUUCUAACUGCUUUAGAAAAUGCAGUUGGGGGAGGAGCUGGAGUCUGUUCCAGCAAGCUACAGGCCCGUGGCAGGGUACACCCUGGACAGGACACCAAUCCUGUGUGGCAGGGCACACACAGACACCAACAAGCACACCUUGUUGUUUAAUAUCGGAGAAUCAAGAGUGAAGGCUUUAGAUACAUUAUCAAUACUCAAAAAAUACAUCUGUUUUGUAAUAUUGUGUCUGUAAUGCCUAAUACUGUUCCAUAGUCAGGACCUUAAAGUAACAAUUAUUAUAGUAACAGUUAAAAGAUUAAGUCUCUGUUUAAACGUAAGUGUUCUGUGACUCUUUUCUGCAGUAUUCCAUUUGAAAGCUUUUUAUGCCCUAUGUAAAGGUGUACACAGUGUCUUUGAUGUUUCCGCUGUGAAAUGUACCGUCUCAGAAAUGUAAUUAUCCUUAAGGAUGUUGCAUGCUUUGUGCUGUAGUGUGACCAGCGAAACUGGACUAGAUUUCCUUAAAACACUUCAACAAAAUGAAUAAGUUCUUUAUUUCAGCAAAUGAUUGUUUCUAAAGCAAGGAAAGGUUAUUUAUUAUCUUAACUGUUAAAGGGAUUUUUAAAACAUUGUUAUCUUAUCCUGCUUAAUCUGAAUUUCAGUCUUAAAUCAUUCACGCCACUCACCCCUCUGUACUGUAUUCUUGCUUUAUGAAACAGGUGUGAAUUCAUUAUGCAAAUAAAAAAAUGA